AUGACUGACGAUAAUUCCAUGAAUUCCAAAUUAUUGAAUAGUUUGAGUGUAGAGAAACAUGUUCUUUGCACAUUAACUGGCACCGAGUCACUGAUUUACACAUCACUUGAGUCUAUGAAAAGUGGUGAUUUCAAUGAGAGGAUUUUUGGUUUAGAAAGCUUGUAUGAGAAAGUGAUUGAGCAAGCUUCUACAAAAGAAAUCACUAUGAAAUAUUUACCAAUCAUAAAGGAAUUAUUUGAAUGUGAAAAGAGCAAUGAUGUACUAAUUCACUUGGCCAAACUGUGCUCAAAAAUAGGCAAGAGAAUUAUACACUACAAUAAUAGGAAUAAGCAAAUACCGAGAAUUAGUACUAUAAAUGAUGUAAUGGAAAUAUUUCCAAUUUUACAAGAUAUAGUUGAAGGUGAUGAUAUUUUAGUUAGAAUGGAAGCUAUUAAUUCAAUCACUUAUCUACUUGAGAGUAUUACAAUAAUACUUGGAACAGAACUAUCAAGUAGUGAUAAGGAAAAUUCACAUUCUGUAAUAUUUGAAGUGAGCAAGGAUUUGUUAAACUUCUAUAUAGGAAUUUCGGACUCAGAUAUUUUGAAUUAUAAAGUAAUGGCAUGCUACAUUACACCAAUUAUUUUGAAACAACGUGAUCUAUGUAAUUUGGAUAUUAUUCAUGUAUUGGAUAUAUAUGUAAAUUUUAGUACAUCCCAUGCACCAAUGCUUCGAAAAUAUGUAUGUAAAGUAUUUCCUCUAUUAUUAAAUGAAAUAUAUAUAUCAAAGAAGCAGGAACUGGCUGAUAAAAUCUUUUUCCCUAUGCUUAAGUCAUUUUGCAGUGACGAACAAGAAUGUGUUCGUCUUUUAUCUAUGGAUUCCAUAUUCUCCUUCCUUGAUUGGAUUUAUAAUGGGACUUUGCACCUUUCUGAAUGUAAAAUUAGUAGUUAUAUUGAAGAUUUAUGGCCAUUUAUUGUGAAUUUGAGUAAUGAUCCUAACUGGAGAGUUAGAAGUGUAGUUUCUACACCAUUAAUUAAGGUAGUAAAUAUACUAUUACAUGUACACAAUAGCAAUUUAAACAAGAAUCAUAUGAAUAGUAUUCAGAAUUUGGAAAAUAUAAGUCCAAACAAUAGGAAAACUGACGAUGAAGAAUAUACCACUAGUAAUAUAAUUGAUAGCACGAAUAAUGUUGAGAAGGAUAUUAAAAAAAUGAGGAAUUAUUUACUACCAAUUAUAACGAGUUUAAUUAUGGAUAUGGAGGGAGAAGUUCGAACUAGUACAAUGAAGAGCAUUAUGGAGUCAAUUGGCAGAGCCAUCAGUAUUGAUAAAAAUACUAUAAAGAACAAUAUAGAUAAGUUAAUUAGUGAUUUUCUGUUAUUUGAAAUUUUGGUACCCUUAAUCAAUAAUAACAAGAUCAUAAAUGAUCCAGCUCCAUCAAUGAGAAUGAUGUUUACAAGAUUAUUAACUUAUAUUAUUCAAGUUACCGGCCUAGAAGAGAAGACACUUAGCACUGAUUAUUUAUUUAGCCAGAGUACUAAUAAUAUAGAAAAUAGUGAUAUAAAUUCCAGAGAUAAGAUGUUAUUGAAUGUAUUUUCACUAGUAUUAUCUGAAUUGAUUAAUGAUCAUGAUACUCAAGUCAGACAAAGUGUAAUACUGUCAUUAUGUAAUGGUAUACCAUAUAUAUCUAAUAUAGAUGUAAUAUUAGAAAAAAUAUUGAUACCUUAUGUUGGCAUUAUAAUGUCUGACUCAUUCUGGAGAGUUCGCUAUUGUUGCAUACUAUUAUUGACACUAAUAUUCUACCGUAUAUUAGUUGAAAUAUACAAAGAAGAUUUGUGGAAUGGAGAUUGUUUAGAUAUGCAGAUACUGUCAAAUUUAGUUAGUGACAAAUCGAAAAAGUCAUCAGAAGAAGAACUAUUUUUUAAUUUGUAUGGUGGUACACCGAACUAUUUGCUUGAUAUGAUAUACAAGGGUGUUACAGAUAACACGAGUAUUAUUAGACAAUUAACAUCUAUAUUUACAAUACCUCUAUUAACAUUUUGGCUUGGAAAAGAGUGGUUUAAAAGUACUUUAUGGCCUUACAUACUCCAACCGAUGAUACAAAAUGAGAAGGUAUACUCUCUACGUUGUAUUGGAUUAUUUUCAUUAAAUUCUAUUCUUACGGGCAUAUCAAUUAAGUCAUUAAGUGAAUUACAAACAGUUAUACAUAUACUUGCAAAAUUAAUAUUUACAGUACUACCAACUAACGAUAUGGAUCAAGAUUAUGAAAUCGAAUAUUAUAGUAAUUCUGAUAGUGAUCAAAGUGAUAAACAGACAGCACUAACAAUGAGCAGAUUGUACAAGCAUAUUCCACUUAUUUCUUCAACUAAUUUGGUUCUAUCUUACAAACUCAACUAUAAUCAUAUCUCUUCUAAUGAUAAUCAAACCAACUGCUUAUUAGAUGAAAAUGAUGUUGAAUUAUACAAUGACAUUACAUCAAUUGUAAUUGACAAAUACUCCAAUGAUCCCGUUGCAAAUGUGAGGAUAAAGUCUAUACAAGUACUAGAAUCCAUGAUCAAAUUAUACAAUUCCAAAGACCUAGUGGAUAUUUUACAGAAUGCAAAACUAAAUGAUAUGGACCUAGAUGUUAGGAAGUAUUGUUCUGAGGCCCUAAUAAGACUUAAAGUUUAA